AUGGCGCCCCAUCCCGAGCUCUCGCCAGAAGAGGCGGCUCUCUCGCCCAUGGCUAUCCGCGACCUCUCGGUGGCAAAGACAAUCGUCAAGCGUGCCAACGAGGCCUACGUGCAGCUCGCCUCAGCCGGUGCCAAAGACCCCAACGACCUCAAGGGCCCCGGCUUCCAGGCUCUGUUCGCCCUCAUCGGUGUUGGCAUGACCCUCACCGCCAUUUGGUUCUUCUUCUGGGCUAAGAACGGUGGCUUCAAAUUCCGCGGAAAGGACGACUGGGAGGACUACAAAUCUACCGUGCUGCGCCGCAAGGGCCCAGACGGCAAGACACUAUCCAACGCCACCAAGAGCACCCGUCUAGGCGGAGGCAGUGUUGUCCACGGAGGCAGCUACGGCGCUCCCGAGAGCAGCAUUGGCUGGACCGAAGAGACGGCCACCAAUGCCGACGUCAACGACUACCGCGAUGCUGAAGAGGGCAAACAUGGACUUCGUGGCGGCGAUGGCCGUCGUGAGCGCAAGGACAAGAAGGGCCGCCGCGACCACACCAACGACUACAACGACCCCGACCUUGGUGCCUACCGUCACGAGAAGGCUGCUCGCGUUGGUGGUCUGAACCGCCAGGCUGACGGCAUGUACACUGACUACUCUGGCUCCCAACCCUCUGAACUCGGCUCCAACGUCUCCAGCGCCCCUCUCGUCAAGAAGUCUGAGAAGAACAAGGACCCCAAGAAGGAAGCCAAGGCAAAGGAAAUGCGCGCUCGCGAACGCAUGAAGAAGGCCAAGGCCGCUGAAAAGGAAGCCAAAGCCACUGCCGCCGCCGACGCCAAAGCCCGCAAGGAAGCCCAAAAGGCCGCCAUCAAGCGCGAGAAGGAAGCCUACAAGAAGAACAAGAAGACCAAGUCCGAAGUGGGCUCCGAAGCACCCGAAAUGGCUGAAGUCACCCGUCCCCUCACCGAAUACACUGGACCCGCCUACACCGAGUACACCGCCCCGUCUGAAGUUGGCACGCCCGAGAAGACACAGCAGAAGCCCAGCGGCCGCCGUGCUCCUCCCUCUGCCGCAUACUCCUUCACCACGGGCGACGACACCAACACCGUCUACUCCGGAGCCUACACUGAUGCCACUCCCCCUCGCAACGAGACUAAGCGCACCACCAAGACCGAACGCACCGUCCCGUCCACCAUCUACUCGAACGACCAGGAAUCCUCCUACUACUCCGACUACCGUCCCAACGCCGACCCCACCCUCUACGCCUCCCGCACGGCAGACCGCACUUCGCGCUCCGCCUCGCGUCCCCGCCCUGCUGGAUCGCGCUCCCGUCCUACAUCCCAGUCGCCCGUCAAGAAGUCCCGCCCUUCAUCUACUGCGCGCCCAUCGCGCUCGGGAUACGCGCCCGCUCCCGCUUCCGACAUCUUCACCAUGACCAACGGCGAGGCGCAGGGCCACAUGAGCUACCCGUGCCACAUCCCCGGUCUCUCGACCGCCGGCAGUGUCGCGGUGAGCGAUAGCGUCAGCCAGGCUGGUGCAAAGAGGGGAGGACGCGACGUCAUGGCGGGAUACAGGCGCGGUGAGAUUAGGGCUGUUGGCCGGAGGGACAGUUUGAGCGAUAGCGAUUAG